AUGAAAGAUAACCAAAACGAAAAUAAUGAUCAAGUUGAAAAUGAAAAAAAUAAAAUAAUUUUCAAUAUGAAAGAAAAAAAUAAUACAAACAUUUUUAGUUGCAUUCCAAACAAUUGUAAAAAUGUAAGUUUGCAAAAUAGUGUCGUAAAAAAAUUUCCAUUAAAUAAAUAUAGAAGUAGAAGUGAAUCACAUGGACAUAUAAAAAGUAAUAGAAUUUUUAUGGAUAGUAUAAAAGAAAGAAAUGAAAACAAUUAUGAUAAAAAUGAAAAAAAAGAAUCUUUAAUAAAUAAAAAAUAUCAAAAAAAUGAAAUUGAAAAUGUGUCCAUUUUUGAUACUAAAGGAAAUAUUAAAUAUAAUAAUAAAGAUAAAAUAUGUAUUCGAAAUAAUGAAAAAAAAAAAAAAAAAAAUGAUAGAAAAACUGUAAUGGGUUAUAAUUAUUUUACAAAUAGACAGCAAUUAAUUAGUAGCGAAAAUAUAAACAUUAUAAAAAAUGUCCCAAUAAGUAUUUAUGUUGGAACAUGGAAUUGUGAAUAUUCAGAUUUUACAAAAGGAUAUGAAUAUGAAAAAAAAAGAUAUACAACAAAUUAUUUAAAUGAAAAUAAUAAAGAUACAUUAUAUUCAAUGAAACUAGAUGAUAGAUAUACUAUGAGAUCUAUAACUCCGCUAAUUUAUAUUGACCCAACUAUAAAAAGGAAUAAAAAUAAUGAUAGUGAAUAUUGUGACGAUCUUGCCAAUUUCAAGUUGGCCAAUAAAAAUGGGGAAAAAAAUGGGGAAAAAAAUGGUAAAAAAAGUAGCGAUUAUUGCAUAUAUACACCAAAUAAACAAGUAUAUCCUAAAAAGAAUAUGUCAAACACAGCAAACAUAUCUGUUGACAAUUCGAAUAAAAGAAAAACAAUAGGAAUAGAAACAAGUAUUAAAAAUUGUAAUAAAAUAUCUGGAAAAAAAAUAAAUAAUUUACAAAAUUAUAAUUCACAAGAAACUGAAAUAUUUUCAUAUUGGAUAUCACCAUAUUAUGAUAUAUAUGUCAUAUGUUUACAAGAAUCAAUUUCAGAUAGUAUAAUUGAAUGUUUAUCUAUGUAUUUAAAAGAGAUAAAUCAAGAAACAUAUGAAUAUUUACCAUUAGCAGAUUAUAAAUUAUCAGGAUAUGGAGAUGGAGCAUUUUUGCAAAUGAAAUCAACAACGAUAGCUGCUUGGGUAAGAAAAUCUAAACUUCAUCCAAAAGGACCAGUUAAAUUAUGUGCAUCUAAAACUAUAGCUUUUAAUAAAUUAAAUAACAGUAAAGGAUGUGUAUCUAUAUUAUUAAAUAUAUAUAAUCAAUUUAUUUUAUUUAUUGGAUGUCAUAUGCCUGCUAAAGAUCAAGAAUUACGACAAAAAUCAAGAGAAUUUAUUUUAUCAAAAUUAAGUGAAUAUUUUAGUAAUAAAGCAACAUCAAAUUUUAAGGAUGUUUUUCAUCAUGUCAUAUGGAUGGGUGAUUUUAACUUUAGAGUCCAUGGAAUACAAAUAGAAAAAGUUGUUCAUUAUCUAAAAACAAACAAUUUAAAAGAAUUGCUAAAAUAUGAUGAAGCAAAUUCACCCUAUUCAUAUGAUUUAUCGAUAAGUUUUCAAGAGCAACAAAUCAAUUUCUUACCAACAUAUAAAAAAAAUGGGAAUAGACCAAUAAUUGAUAGAAGUGAUUCAAAUUGGGUAGAAAAGGAAUACAAAUUGAUUCAUAACAUUAAAUGGUAUAAGGGAGGAAAACAGGAGCCCCGCAUUCCCUCUUGGACAGAUCGGGUAUUUAAAUGGUCCUGUGAUAAAACUCAAAACUGUUUGACAUUCGUCCCGAAUACUUACAUUUCCCCAAUACCCAAAGAAAAAUGCAUACUGAUGUGCAGCGACCACAGCCCCGUUUCGUGUUGUUUUCAAAUGUAUAAAAUGUCAAAUGAAGAGGAUAUUCCUUCGACAAAAAGCAUUUGGAAAUUUUAA